AAUCUCUCCGUCGGUCACACCAGCCACACACAAAGCUUCUGCGCCCCUCUCACCGCCAUGGCCCGCAAAUCCAAGCUACACGUAGUGAUGUUCCCAUGGCUAGCUUUUGGUCACAUGAUCUCAUUCCUUGAUCUCUUCAAGUUCAUUGCCCAAAAGGGUCACAAAGUGUCCUUCAUCUCCACCCCAAGAAAUAUCAAACGCCUCCCAAACUUCCUCAAACUUAGCCUCAGGGUGGUUCAAGAUAAUUUUGAGAUAAUUUGA